UUCAGCUCGUCUCCACCAUGUCCACCCCAACAAUCGAAUCUCUCGUUGCUGCGAUGGCUGCCACCAGCGUGGAAGAAGAGAAAGUAUACAUAUACUGCACCACUGAGGAAGCCGUAGCAGAGGCCACAGCCGUCCUUACGGCUUCGGAAUAUGUGAUCCUGGAUUCCGAAGGACAAAGCUUGGGGCGCGUCGACGGAAAAUUGUCUCUGGUCUGCAUCGGCACCCCGCAUGCGGGGAAGAUUUUCGUCUUUGACGCCGUCUCCGUGACCAAGUCCAUCGUGGCCUCCAGCGGCCUCGCCAAGCUCCUCGAAGACGAGUCAAUUCGAAAGGUUGUCUGGGACGGGCGAAUGGACUACCUCGAGAUGCUUAUCUCUUGGGGUGUGUCCAUGAAAGGAGCGCUGGACCUGCAGCUUGCCGAAAUCGUCUCCCGCGGCGCAGUCAGAGGAGAACAAAACAGUACUCGGCUCUAUCGCCUGAAGGAUGGGUUCUUCAGCUCGCUGAACGUCUCCGGCCAGGCGCACCUUUUCGAGGGUUUGCAUCUAGUGCUGGGGAUGCAGAAGUGUCUUGAGCAGCUGGAUUUGGACAAGGAGUUCACCAAAGAUCCCUAUGUGCAAAAGAUGCACAAGAUUGGUCGAUCGGAUCGCUGGAUGGAGCGUCCUCUAUCUGAUCGCCUCAUCGCAUACGCGGCCCAAGACAUCAAACUGCUGGGGAAGCUCUACGAUACCUUCCAGGACAAGCGCUGGAUCACACCCUCCGGCUUGUCGAGCCUCGCCCAAAUGUCCGACCGGUACUUGACCAUGUUCCAGACGCGCGCGCAGUCGGUCGCGUAUGAAUCCAGGCGCAUCUGGAUUGUCUUACCCCUGGACAUCUUGACCACGCCUACUGGUCGCAAGCAUACGUGCUCGUACUGUUCGCGGUCGCUCUCCGAGUCCUGCUAUGAAUUUGACAAUGGCCGCACACGAAGGCGGCCUCCUUGCCGUUUGUGCCAUGUCGUGUCCAUGAAGCGGGGAGCGUCUGUCAAUAGCUGGGUGUCCGCUUGA